UUCGCGCGCUGGAUUGACGUGAUGGCGCCGCCGCUUGAGUAUACGUUGCCGCUAGGGACGGUUAAUCGGAUAGUGAAGGAGUGCUUGGGUAACAAGGCUGGAAUGACGAGGGAAGCGAGGGAGACCGUUCAAGCUGCAGCUGGCGUGUUCAUUCUGUACCUGACCUCGGCGGCGAACGAAGAGUGCAAAGCCAAGAAGCGCCAGACAAUCUCUGCUCAAGAUGUCAUCAAAGCCUUGCACGAUGUCGACAUGGAUUCGUUUGUUACACCCUUGGAAACCUUUCUGCAUGCUACCAAGUCGACGAAGAAACCUGUCGUGAAAGCAAGUCCUUCCAUCGAUGCACCCCCAGAACACGAAGACAACGUAGCUCCCGACACGUCCAUCGAAGAAGACGACGAAGAAACCAAGGACGAGCACAUUCCGGACGAUGACAUGAACGAGCAAGACGACUAAUACAACUAUAUUUCGUCCAUGUCGACAUCUCCAUCGGCGGCGUGUGUGGUGGUGGUUGCUCGGACUUCCAUCGACCCUUUCGUGCGCCGCAUCUCUACGACCAUAUGCAUCUCCGU